AUGCUUAGCCAAACGGCUGACCUAGUACAUAACCAAGUGGCUUACCUAGUACACUACCAAGAGGCUAACCUAGCACCUAUCCUAAGAUGUAACCUACUCGCUGCUUUGUCAUCUCCCUUCUCCGUUUGUCGCCUUGCCUGGAUUGAGGCUGCGGACGCCGCCGUUAAGGUGGCUAAGGAGAAGGCGGAAGAUGUGCACAGGAGGUUGGAUCAUAGUGAUAAAAACAACACGACGAUUGACCAAGGAGUUAAGCAAAUUAAUGAGGCUAAAGGAAAAGUUAGUCAAGUUGAUGGUCAGUUGAAAAGUAUUCACACCGAUUUAGGUAACUGGAAAGAUGCGGCGCACAGUGUCCUUGGCACAGCGGUUAUGAAGGCUGGAGAGGUUCACAAAGCGUUGGAUCCUAAUACUGGGACAGCGCAGUUGAAGCAACAAAUUGACAAGAUUGACAUCUCUAACUUAGCGAUUAAAAAAGCAAAUGAGGACCUUAAAACACAAGUUGAGAGUCUGCAUUCUUGGAUUGGCACCGCGGAGGACAUCCGCAGUAAAGCUGAGCAAAAGGCCAAGGAAGCCUAUGACAAGUUGGACGUCCACGCUGAAUUAAGUAGGAAUAUUCAGAAAAUUGUGGAUGCCAAUGAGCGAAUUAAGAAUGUCAAUAAUAGUCUGAAUGGUCUUCAUGGCAAUUUGGAAAUGUGGAAUAAGCAGGCCAGUAAAGUGCUUGACGGGGCGAUUAAAAAUGCGGAACAUGUUCAUGAUGCGUUGAAGGAAGAUAAUAGUAAGCCGGAAUCCAUUGGUCAAAAUGUGAAAAACAUUGAAACUGCUAAAGGACAAAUUGAGCAAGCCAAUAAAGCUCUUGCCACUGAAGUUGCCAAUUUAGGUAACUGGAGGGAUGCCGCCAAGGAAGUUAUUACCAAGGCGGAUGGGAAGUGUGAGGAGAUACUUAAGAAAGUUAUUCCAUCAGGUGGAAUUUAUGAACUUGCUCAAACUUUACAAAGCAAAGGUACAACACUUUUUAAUGCUGCGACUGCGGCCAAGCAGGAAGUUGGCAAGAAAGUCGGCGAGGCCUUGGAGGCUGUUGUGAAAAUGGACGGUGAUCUCAAGAGGGAUUUGAAGCAAGUGAAAGAUGAGAUUAAGGGAGGAAUACGGAGGGUUAUUAGGGACUUGGAAGUUGAGACUUUGGAUGAUUUGGUGAAGAAUGAUUUGACGGUGUUGAGGGAGAGGAUUAAGGGGCUUAAUCAGCAGGUUGCUGGCAGUACCUCCGGUAGUGGUCUUGUAAGUGGCCAGUUGAAGAUGAUUGAAGAUGCGAAAACGCAAUUGAAUCAAAAUCAUGUUACCAAAGUUACGUCGGCGGCGAGUGAUCUUGACACUAAGUUUGGUACGCAUAUCCAAAGGCCGCUUAACGGUAAAGUCCAAGCAGUUUACAAGGCGAUUGGGACGCUUGGCGGGACGUUUAAAGAUACUGGUGAUCUGAAGACUUUUGAUAAGAUUUUCGAGCAUAUUAAAAAGCAGGUUGGGGAGAUUAAGGGGAGUGAAAGAGACCAAAAAGGUCUGGAUGGAAUUGUUGCGAAAGUGAAGGCGCUUGCUCAGGCGUUCGUUAACUCUCGCGGGAAUGGUUUUAAGGCUAGAGUAGAGGGGUGGCUAGAAGGUGUAAUAGGGAAUGGGAAGGGGCCAAGGGAAACUGGAUAUAAGGCUGGGUUAGCAGCCGUGAACUCUUGGCUUGAGCCGUAUCAGAAGGCGGCUAAUGGGGGCGGGCAUGGUGAACAAGCGUUGAAAGAUCAAGUUAUAAAUAACAUUAAGAGUGCGCUUGGAGGCCCAAUUGGUGCAGCGCAAGGGAAGAUUGGUGCAGUGAAAGAGGGCAUUAAAGAAAAUCUCACUGCUAUCGUAAGCGCUUGCGAGGAGUUUGUCAGUAAACUUGAUGAGAAAAUCACGAAAACGGAAAUAGAGAGAUUUGCUCCUGCGAUAGCCGGGCAGAUUCAGAGUUGGGCAUCGCGGCAGGGUCUUCAGAAUUUUAAUAGAGACGCUAAUCUCACCACCGCCGUAAAAUACAUCCUGGUCGCGCUCUGCGCUUCUGUGAGGCAGGUUGGCAUUGAGCUCAAAUCAUUAGGCAUCGACAAGUUUGGCGAAAUUUUGGACGAAAUAAAGCCGACUGUAGAUGAUCUCGACAAGCAGCUGAAAGAGGCGACAAACAAUUCCAACUCCAAAGGCCAAAAUGAAAGCCCCGCCCAUGCUGUGGACAGUAAGUUGGAGGCGGUGAGGAAUAUGGUAGAGAAAGACAAACUUAUUACCACGUUUAAAAGUGAAGUCAAGAAGGACCUUCAAGCAGCAGUCGGCGGACUUCCCAACGCCGUCGAAGAGUUCGACAAGCAAGCUCAAGACCAGAUCAAGGCUGCGGCCAAGACGGCGAUCACAGCGGCGGCUGAGCAGAUUAGUAACGGUAGUACAAUUGAGCUUGGUGGUGCAGAAAAGCUCAUGGACAAUUUCCACCAAGCGCACAAUAGGAUCAAAGCGGAUCUCGAAUCACAAGUUAAAAAGGAGGUUGAUACGCACAUUGGGGCGGAUGAUUCGACGGGUGGUCAAGGUGGUACAAUUACUGAGCUUGCUGGUGGAAGCUUCACGGAAUAUAGUGGACACGUAAACCAAGAAAGCGUUAAGAGCUUUGACACGAGUAAACCAGAUGAGUUAAAAGGCAAACUGCCCAGUGCGAUCACGGCGGUUAAAAGUGACGGACUGAAGACGCUUGGAAUCAUCGGUCCACAGUACAGUGGCGCUGAUAAAAUUACAGAUGGCACUUUCAAAACGCCGUUCCAAGAAAUCGAAAAGGAGCUCCAAGCCAUCGCGUGGUUCGUGGAUAACAAUAAUAAGUGGCCAGAUGGGCAGCAGAAACCACAACCAGAGGACCCACUUGGCAUCAAGCAGCACCUAAAGAAAUUGCAAGAUGCUCUUGACAAGAACGGAUUGGAUGGCGCAGCAGAAAAAGGCCUCGAGGCGAUCAAAACGGCGAUUGGAAGAUUGCAAUCCGGUGAGUUCACUACUCAACCCGCUGCAAUCGACCAAGCCGUCGAGCAAAUUAAGGCGGAGCUUGAUAUGCUUACAAUUACUUUGAAGAAUGGCAAUAAAAGUGGGACGAAUGGCGUAAUUGACAACUUAACGACGUUGAAAGAUAAUGGCCUUGAAGAUGGUGGAAAGUGGACAGCUGAGGGUCAAACUGCCAUGGGGCUUAGCAAAAUCCGAAAUGAGCUCAAAACUCACAAUAAUUUAUUGCUUCCCGAAACCGGAAACAUUGAUAAAGCGGUGAAUGAAAUUAGGUGGCAACUCAGGGUUCUAGGAUUUAAGUUGCAAGAUGAUCGCGGCCAUGAUGACAUCAUUGACAGUUUGGAGUGGUUGAAAAAGAAGAUAGGCCAAGGCAAACCAAGGGAUGGAAAUCUCCAAUACAUUUAUAACCAGAUUGCUUGGCUACAAAAUUGGGGAUUUCCUACCCAAUCAACGACCAUCCAUCAAGCCAACUCAGCGAUUAAACGAGAACUCACUACCCUUCAAAAAGAGUUGCUCGGCGCCAAGGACAACGAUGUCAUUACCACUUUGCAGGAUUUGCAGAGCAAGGGGCUGAGUGACAAUUGGCAUAAACCUCCGACUAAAAAAGGCCUCGCAAAAAUUGAGAGUGAGCUUAAACGUCAACAACUUGAAUUGACCAAACAGCCAGGAGAUAUCGGCGGCGGCGUCCGGAAAAUUACCGGGGAGCUUGACGAUCUCAGGAAUAAUUACCUACAAAAGGAGGACAGUGAUGUAUCUAAAAAAGGCGUGAUUAACAAUUUGGGGGAUGUGAUUACUGCAAUUGACAAAGACGCAAAAAACAGUAACGGAAGCUUAAAUAGAAUCAAGAAAGACAUUGAAGAGCUCAAUAGGGACACAGUCCCCAAGGUCAACGAACAUCUCGGUGAACUGUGCGCCAAGAUUACGAGCGAAGCCGGCAGUGUCGACUGGCAGUUGAAGCUUUUCGAAACAGAAAAUAUUGACAAAGCACUCGAAAAAAUCAAGAGUGACAUCCACGCCCUCCGCACCGGUGACCUUCACAAGACCAUCGACAUGUGCGACAAGUUCCUCGAGAAAGCCGACGACAUAGAGAGGAACACAGUGAGGGAGCUUGAGAAAUUCGUGGACUACGAGGUGGAAGAUGCAAUCGCGGAGCUCACCAAGGAGGCGCGGCGUGACUACGUGGAGUCCGCCAGGGACGCGCUGAAACACUUCGCCUUAAAGGCGGAGAGUGAGCUGGGGGAACUGCCCGGCGAGAUAAACAGGGAUCUCUUCGUGGGCUUCAAGGGCUUCAUGAGGCAGAUGGAGGGUGAGCGCAGCGAAAACAUUAAUAGGCUAAGGAACGUGCAGAGCAGAAUGCUCCGAGCAUUGUCCUCCGCGUUCCAGAAUUUCUUCGCGCCGCUCCACGAGUAUCUCCGUAAGGAGAUUGAGAGAGUGAAGAAGGAGCGCGACGACGAAAAGAAUCCCUCACUGCCGAAGUCGGAAGAGCCCUACGCCGCCGAGUGGGACGCCGUGCACAGCGAUGUCAACGCCCUGCUCAAUUACCUCUGCGUGACGCAGGGCUUCGACGACAGGCUGCGAGGCCUGCUCCACAACCUCACCGACGCGCUCACACAGCUGAGGCCGCAGGGCUUCCAGAAGCCCUCCACUCCCACGCUGGACUCCGUGAGCAGGGGACUCAGUGCCUUCGCCGGUGAGUUCGGCGGUGCGUACAUCUCCACUUACUCGGGCGCGGAGUGCCGGGAGGCUGACGCCGACAAGUACGCCAAGGUCUUUCUCACAGUGCUGCCCACACUGCACGACGCCCUCACUCAGCUGCGGCAGCAGUGCAAGACCGGCGGCAGGUGGAGGGACAUGAAAAUUAAUUCAAACAGUAAACUCGGCACGUUCCAACGCUGCGGCCCUGUCGCAAGCUCCCCUCUGACCAGGACGGCGAGCUCCGCAACGGCGCUGACUGCAACGGCCACGACGUGUAUCUCAUGCUUCUCCAGAAAGUCGCCGGCACCCAUGACAACGAACACCUCAGGGAAUGUCUCUCAACACAACAUGACUGUAACCUCCUAG